AUGGCUGGGGGGGAUGUGCUCUCUCGCGUGGCGCAGUCUCGGCGGAAACUGGAGGAAGCGGCGGCGGCGGCGGCGACGGCGGAACCGGAGGACGCCGUCGUGUUCGUGGGAAUAUGCCUGGUGCUCGGAAUCGCCUCCAGGCAUCUCCUUCGGGGAUCUCGAGUCCCCUACACGGUCGCCUUGUUUGUGCUCGGCAUUGCGCUCGGUUCCCUAGGUCGACCGAUCCUCCUCGGUUUUUAACCUGACGAUGUAGACGAUACCGAAGAUUUCUGAGCUCAUGUCAUUCUUCUGUCCUCGGUUUUCUUCUUUUCAUCCAUGAUUCUUUUGCUUAAUGCCUUUCCAGGGAUCAAUCUAAGUAAAUCACUGAGGCUGACGUCAGUUUCUUUUUGUUUUCCUUUCAUACUUUCCAUGGGAUGUUUCCCUCGGUUUUGCCGCAUAUUUCUGGCACAAUUGUCGUUCCGGCUCAAACACGAGGGAAUUUGAAUAACGAGGAGGGAAUUAUCACACAUUAUUUUCUGAAACGGAUCAUCUGUUCUGUUGGAUACAAAAAAUCAGAAAUCACCGCCGUGAAGUAGCUGGAUAUCUCUGCUUAGUUGCACUUUUGUUAUUAUAGUCUUCCAUUAUUAAUCAAUACAUCCUUGAGAUAAGGAGCGAGGGGUGUGACAGUAAGAGUAUGAAAAAAGACGAACCUGCUACUACGUUUUAAACAGUGAUCGUAACUUGCUUCCAUUUUUUCCUCUCUGUUCUUCGGAGCUUCAAUGCUGCUUCUGAUUUCUUUUGAUUGUUCGCUUCUAUUCUUCCUGUGCUAAACGCAAUCCUGCUGCUACAAGAAGCUGUGCUGGGGGCCAUAUGAAAAUUAAGUUUUGUAGUAGCCUGAAUUUCGGAUCUUCUCUUCUGAAAUCAUGUUUUCCAUUGAAUGCUCGGAUUUAAGUUUUUAAUCAUCAAUUCUUGUCAAAUUCAACCUGGUCGAGCUUUGGAGAGCAACCCAUUGCUUCAUCUUAUUCACAGGACUAGCCACUUUCUCCUCAUUUACCUACUCUAUAUAAGAAUUUUGUGUAGUACCUUGUGAUUCGGGAGAUGAUUGGCGUAUGACGUUGAAGCUGGUGGUUGAAGAUUCUGCUGAAAUUUUAUGUUUCGAUCUUAGGAAUAAAUUGAUUAGUGAACAAUUUCAGGCUUUAUUGCCGAGCCAUUGCCCAGUAUUUAUGGUCCACUGCUUUCCUAUGUACAGUAACAUAGUUCAACCCAGAAAAUUGAAAAUCAUGGGAAAAGAAUUGUUCAAUAAUAUUGUGGAGAUUAAGGUCGAUAUCCAAUAUUUUGUGACUUACCUAUGAAAUAAAUGCAUUUAUUUUGUUCCUUACAUCGUGAAUCUUCAGAUCUUUUCGAACCCAGGUACUGCAAUUCUAUGACGGAAGUUAAAAAAAAGAGUUACUGGCUACAUGGAAUCGAUUCGACCCCUUUGGAUACAUGGAAGAAGCCUAAAAUAUGCACUAUUUUCUUCAUACUCCAGUGGACCUCUCUCAGAAGGUAUAUCGUGAAAAAGGAUACUUUAGUCAUCAGAAUAGGGAGUCAUCAGAAUAGUCAUCGUGAAAUAUGCACAAGUUUGAUUAGUUGCAUUAAAAAUGGGGGAGUUUCCGGACGUUCUCCUCGUUUUUUUACUUAGGGGUAGUAAUUGAUUUUGCUACGAUCCUAUUUCGCUAGAAGAAUAGGGAGGUUGAGUAUAUCGUGGAUUUUAGGAGUUGGAAAAUAUUUUAUGCUCGACGAAGGUUGUUGGGGUAAGGUGAACGGAAGGAAAAAGGUUCAGAAGAACUGGAGCCUACUGGAGCCUACUUGAGUAUCAACAGCAUAAAAAAUACAUUUUGUUAAAGAUGAAUGUAAUAUAGAUUUUUUGGAAAUGCAACUGCACCAGAGAAAUGUGGAUACCUGUCUCAUGCAAUGCUAGGUAAUAGAAGUCAAUGAUGAACGGUUUUGACUUCUGAGGAACAACAGAGGAAGAUCCAUGAAAGAACCAUAAUUUUUCAUGUAAGUCAUGUGAUGGGUUAAGUAUUGUAAGGGUCGAUAAGAAAAUUCUGAAACCUUUGUGAUACCUUAGCUCUUCAGGUAUUGAGAGAUAAAAGGAGAAGCAAAAAAUGUGCUGUUAUGGACAUCUACAAGGAGGAUAGUAAAAAGGAGCUCUUAUAGUGGGGUCGGAGGAAAGGUGAAAACUUGAAAGAGGAUGGUGGAUUAGGGAGCUCUUGGACUUCUCUUCACUAUUUUUUUAAUUCAAAACUAAUAGUAGAAUGUUCUCAAACCAUGAAUAAUGGAAACAGUCACAUAGAAAGCACACACAUCUUUGUAAUCGCAGGCUUUGAGGCAUUCCCCUUCACCUCGAGUUUGGAAAACUUCAGAAUGAUAUCAGAUUAAUGAGUGAGGAAGUUGACAAGAAACCCCUCAAGAGAGACUUUCCUCUAUAUGCUAUAAGUGAAGGGAAAAUUAUAAAGAUGAUAUAUACACUAGGCUGUACACUAAUUAGCUCAUAUGCUACCCUAAGCAGUGAGCUUUUUUUUCUGUGGCUUUAAAGUGGUGUCUGCAUAUAUCCUCGGUCUUUCUGCUCGUAUUUUCAUACCACAUUAUGUGUUACUUGACUUAGGCCUAUAGCUUCCUUAGAUGUCAUUUGGGACUCCAUCCGAUGCAUUGGUCCUAGUUCUCAUAUUAAUCCACCCUGGUUUCUCGUAGAUGAAAUCUAAAGGUUUCUUUAGUAGUCGUGGCAUUAGGAAAUCUUUCCAACAGUGUUUAUUUUCCUCAUUACUCGCUCAUUUUCUGGAUCCUUGCUGGAAUUUUCUCUUAAAUUUUCUGAGAUGAUGUAACUUACUAAACUUUGGAAAGUGGUUUAGAUAUGACUGAGGCUUCUUCCAUUUUCACUUGUAGAGCAGCAUCUGCUUCAUGAUUAUUCGACUAUUUCUUAAUGUGAAAUUAUAGACCUUGAGUUGAAUUGAUUGGUAUAUAAUUUCAAAUUUUGUAUAAUAAACUACCAAACUACUAAUUCUUCUGGAAUGUGUGGGUGAUGUGUGAAAUUUUAUUUUUGAUAUGAAGUAGCUCUAAAAUCUAACUUUGCUAUUGACAGAGUACGGGACAAGUCAUGGAUUGGGAAAAAUGGGCGCUGGCAUUCAUCUGUGUAAGUGAUGAUCCUUGUUUCUGGUUGUGACCCACAACAGACAUUACAGCUGUACUGUUAUAAUUUAUUUUUUCUAAUUUUCCUGAUUUACCUCAUACUAAUAUUGAGAUUCACUCCACAUUCUAUGCAGGGGCAAAUAUCAAUCCCGAUCUUCUGUUGGCAGUUUUCCUUCCUGCACUUCUCUUUGAAAGUUCCUUUUCCAUGGAAAUACACCAGAUAAAGGUUAUUAAUUUAUAACAAGUAUAACUUCCUGUUAUCUCUAUUUUUCUUAUGACGAUGGGGGCCUGCCUCUUGUACAUAUAUAAACUAGAUGUAUGGUACUUUCAUAUUGGUUGUUUUAAGACGUGGACACUAGCGCUUCAGUCAUGGACAAAUAGGUCAUAGGCAAAAAUCUCAUCUUGUUGUGUCAGCGCUAAGAUCUUCAUUUGUAGUCUCUUGAUGAGGCUUAUCCAUGACUAGUUGUCCUUGCCAUUUUUAUGCCCAUGUAAUUGCUUAGGAUGGCCUUUUUUGAAAUGACAAUUAAAAUUUCUUGAUUAAAUAUAUGAACCUACUUUAGUCAUUGAAAAUCAAUUUUGAUCUAGACAAUCACUUGUUUAACGAGGUCUAUGACCUCCUCGUACCAUUGCUUGAUUGUGAACCAUUUGUAUUUUCUUCUUAUAGAUUCUAAUUUUUUUUGUACUUGAGUAGAUAUUUGGAACAUUCCUACCAUGAAAGGGAUACUCAUAUCAUGUGGACCUACUUUAUUCAUUGGCCAGUAUCCUUGAGUUGGAUGGCUCAAUUAUUUAAUGAUUAUUUCUUCGAUGGAUUGAUUCGUGGGAAGACAACUGAUGGCUCUAGAAGUCUGUCAAAAUGAUAUUUUUGCUACAUAUUAUUUGGGUACUCAUCAUAAUUCCGAUGCUUUCCUCUCUUUUCUCAUUUUUUAGUGAAUUAUAAGUUAAAUCCGCUUCUAUUGAAUCCCACUGUCUGUACUUCAUCUGGUUAGAUAGGACAUGACAACCACAGGAACAUGCGGGGCUAAGACUAAGACUAAGAAGAUAAACCAAUUUUUUAUUGAAAUAAGAACCUGGUGAUGGUGAAUCCAAGGGUUUUGAAAUCCAUACCAAGGCCUCCGAUUCUCAUUUUGCUUUUACAACAUUUUUGGUGCAUGACAGCUUGUCUCUAUGACAAAUCAAAUUUAUUUAAAUAUUUUUCAUUUGAGGUAGGGCCAGAUUAAUGGGAUACAAAACACCUACAAACUGUAGUAAAACCUGUCAAAGGAGAGACAAAGAUAAUUGUAAGAAAGCAUUGGCAAGCUAACCAGAUCAGUAUAUCAAUAUAAAAAAAGGCCCUGUACGGUUCCGUUAUCAGUAUUCAAGAAACACCAUUUGGCAUGUAUUCGCCACAUCUUAGUCUCAUUGUGAUCGAAAUGGACCUCUGCUACUCACAAUAUUUAUGUUUCGACAUACACAUUAAUUUCGGUACUCUGCUACAGAACCUUUUGACCUGGAUGGAUAUACGUUCGGGGAAAACUGUUUUGUUCCGAAUAGUGACAUCGUAAGGAACCUUUGCAUGUGUAGUUCGUCUGAUACGCUGACAUUGAUCCUUUAUUUAGCUGGGUUAUGUUAAGAAACAUUUGUUAAACUCAGUCUUUUAAUUCUCUGAAACUGUUAUUUGGGCUGAGGCAGAGGUGCAUAGCGCAAAUGGUUUUACUCGCAGGCCCUGGGGUUAUAAUUUCAACCUUCUGCCUUGGAACUGCGUUGAAGGUAUGGAUUUGGCUUAUAGCUGAUUAGAAAUUAUUUGGUCUUGUAAUAUGAAAAAAUCCUGCCUUCGUGGUUUAUCCUCGUAAACUAGUUUGACUUUUGAAAUGGAACAAUUCUUUCAUUUUUCAGUUCGCUUUUCCUUAUAACUGGGACUGGAAAACAUCAUUAUUGUUGGGAGGGCUUCUCAGUGCUACUGAUCCUGUCGCUGUUGUGGCUCUUUUGAAAGAACUUGGCGCUAGUAAAAAGCUGAGCACAAUUAUUGAAGGAGAAUCAUUGAUGAAUGAUGGGUAUUUACUUCCAUUCUUUUUUCCAUUGAAAUCGCCAUCUGUAAUAAUUAAUCUAAUUCAUUGGCGCAUAAUUUUCAGGAUAUGAUUCUUCCAAUUUCUUAGUUUUCUCCCUGAAUUUUUUCUAUGAACCAUGCAUAACCUUUGAUCGAUGGUCUUACCUAUUACAGAACUGCUAUCGUUGUAUACCAGCUGUUAUAUCGUAUGGCUCUAGGCCAGAGCUUCAGUGUUGGAGAAAUUAUCAAGUUUUUGUCACAAGUUUCUCUGGGAGCGUAAGUGACAAAAAUAAAAAAAGUCUGAUUUACGUGUCAUAAAAUAUAUUUCCCUGUGGUCUUAUACCUUUCUUUUUCCAGAAUUGCAGUUGGUCUUGCUUUUGGAAUAGUGUCUGUUCUGUGGCUUGGCUUCAUUUUCAAUGAUACUGUUAUCGAGAUUGCACUAACUCUUUCUGUGAGCUACAUAGCCUAUUUCACUGUAAGAUAUUUAUCCUUGGUCCAAAUUUUUACAUGUUACCAGAGUAAUUAGUUAUCUGUUAAGUUCAAACUUUCAACCUCCAAGUGAAAAAUCAUGGUACAUGCAUUUAUUUUUCCAUGUAUUAAUGAGUCUGUCAGUUAAAAAUCAGAUCUUAUUGAGUCUGAAUGGCUUUUUAUUUAACCUUAUUGUUGAACUUUCUAGGAUUGUUUCCUUUCUAUCUGUUUCUUUUCCAUUAUAUUUUUGUCAUUUCCUGUCAUUCCCCGUGUUAAGUGGAUCCAUUAGACUGUUAAUGGAUUUACUUAAAGACUAAUGUAAUGGACUUGGCCCAUUAAUUAUUGUAACCUGUACUCAAGCGGGAAACUGUGAUAAUUGACGCAUUCAUUUUGGAUUGUGGAAACCCUACUCCAAGAAGUGGUGACUCGUUCAUCUUCCUGGAAGAAGAGGAUCGUGAAGUUCGACUCCUUUCAUUCUCCAAAUUGCACGAAUCUUAAUCAAGAUCAAUUUUCAACGUGGUAUUAGAGCUGUGCUGAUUCUGGUGGGAUCAGAUACUUCUUGUUUCUUGUUUCUUGAAUCUUAUUUUCCUUUUUGUUUUUGAGCAAUACCAAGGAAGAAAGAAACCUUCUGCAAGUAGUGAACUGAGGCAUUCUGGAAAGUACGAAGGAAAAGACUUUCAGAAUGCAUUCAGGGGAAGGCUCUUCAUCAUCCAUGGAACUUACAUCAUCUUCAGCAAUGACUGGAGAAAGGGAGAGAUUAUAUCAUACUCUUUCAAAUAUCCUAGAGAAACUUAGAUUGAAUGGGAGAAAUCUUCAUCAAUGGGACAGUUUUUGUUGAUCUGACACUUCUUGGGAGAGGUUUAACAGAUCACUUUAUAGAAGAACCAUUAAAAAAAUCAGAUCCAAAAUAUAGAGGAUGAAAAUCAGAAGAGGCUAUUAUCCAUACAUGGCUGCUAAGUAUAAUGACACCAGAAAUUUAUGAAAAAUUCUUGUUCAUACACUCGGCAAAGGAAUUGUGGGAUCAAAUUCACAAAAGCUGCUCAAAGAAACACAACGAUUGAAGAAUUUAUUCCCUGGUGGCUAAGGCAACAGAUUUAGUGCAAGGAAGUAAAUCUGUUAUGGAAUAUUCGUGUGAAUUAAAGGCUAUAUGGAGGGAGAUUGAUCAUUAUUGGCUACUAAAGAAUCUCAGUUCUGAGGAGCCCAUGUAUACAUUGAAACACAGAAUGUAUACAUUCCUAAUGGGACUGAACUUUGAUUAUGAAAGCCUCAAGAGUCAAAUUCUCCAUUGUGAGAAGGUACCUGAGCUGGAUGAAGCUAUUCAGAUUGUUAUGGAAGAGGAGAGUAGAUUAAGUCUACUCAUCAAUACUAGGAAGAAUGAGUCAUCAGCCUUCACCUCUAGCAAACAAGAUCGGUCAAUUCAUUCCAGAGAAUUGCCCAAUCAGGGGAAUCAAUUAGAGCAAAAAGAGUGUAAUCAAACCCCAAUCACUGCAUCACAAGGAAGGUAUCAGAAGUGGGAUAGCAAAGAGAACCUUUGGUCUUCAUAUUGCAAGAAGAAGCAUUAUACAAAAGAAAACUGCUGGAUGCUACAUGAACGAUCACCUCGACAGGGGAGGCUAUUUCCCAACCAACAGAGACUAUAAAAGGUCAAUCUGGGAUAAAGGAACCUCCAAAUCCUAGUAAUCAGAACAAGGAUGAUGAAUUUGAAAGACUGAGUGAGUAAGUAGAGAAAUUCAAGAAUAUGCUGAGCUCUACACCUUUGGUUCGGUCAAGUGAGAAUAAACUUUUUUCGAAAUCAGAUGCAUCCAAUAGUUUUUCUAAAUUGCCCUAGAUACUUGACUUUGGUGCCACUGACCAUAUGACCUCAAAUAUGUGCAAAUUUGUUGAUUAUGUAAAAUGUGAUGGACAGAAAAAGUUGUUACUGUUGCCAGUGAGAUUCUACCUGUUGAAGGGAUUGGGAGCUUGAAAAUAGAUCAUUAGGCACUUUAAGAAAUAUUUUACAUGUGCCUAAAUUGAAGGCUCAUCUGAUUUCACUGCAGACACUUGUUAAAGAUAUUAAUUGUCAUUUCAUUCUUGAGGACGAUGGAUGUUCAUUGUGUGACAAGGUCUUAGGGCUGAAGAUUGGACGUGUUAAGGAAGGAGAUGACUUGCUUUACUGAUAAGAGGAUGAUCAUGCACUAAUGUCUUUACUGCAGUCGCCUUGGAGUGGAGUGGAACACAAAAAGAAUAAUAUACUGUUAUAACACUGAUGUUGGGCAUCCUUCCUUUGCUCUCUUAAAAACAUGGUUUCCUUCUAUGUUUGAAGGUGUUGAUUUUAAAACUCUAGUGUGUGAGGUUUGCCAAUUGGCCAAAUACGAAUGCUCUUCAUAUGGAAAUACUGGUGAACAUAGUACAAUCCCUAUAUAUCAUAUACACAUUGAUAUUUGGGGGCCAUCAGUUAUGACUAGCUUGUCUGGAUGCAAGUGGUUUAUCUUGUUUGUUGAUGAUUGUAUCAAGUUUACUUGGGUUUACCUAGUAAAAUCAAAAUCAGAUGCACCCAAAUGGUGAAAUCUUUUUGUGAAAUGAUUUAUAAUCAGUUCGGAACUGUUGUCAAGAGGUUUAGAUUAGACAAUGUUAGAGAUUAUUUCAAUUCGGCUGUGUCCUCCUACUUUGAUCAGAAAGGAAUAAUUCAUGAGUCAUCCUAUGUCAAUACACCCCAGCAGUGGCUGAGAGAAAAAUUGGACACUUACUAGAUAUAGUUAGAGCUCUUUUGUUUCAACAAGUUCCAAGGCAAUACUGGGGUGAAGCUGUCCUCACUAGUACUCAUCUUAUCAACAGGAUUCUAGCCAAAACUCUAGAAUAUCAAAGUCCUAUGGAACUGUUGAGUAAAUGUUAUCCUCAUGUGAAACUAAAGACUCACCUUCGUCCAAAGGUAUUUGGAUGUACUGCUUAUGUUCAUGCUAAAGGCAACCUAGUGAGAAAACUUGAUCUAUGAUCUAUAAAAUGUAUAUUUGUUGGGUACUCAACUACACAGAAGGGUUAUAAUCCCACUUCUAAAAAAAUCUUCAUCUCAGAUAGUGUUAUAAGUGUUAUAAGGGAGUCAUAUUAUGGGGUGAGAAAUCCACAAGAGAGAGAGAAUUUGAUCGUUGACACUGAGUUACAGGACAAAAAUGAAUUCAUGAUUUAGGUGUCACCCAUUCUUAAAAUCAAAGGAGUACAAGUAUAUAGGGGACAAACUAGAGUGGAGACACAAAAUAUUCCAACAGAAAUGAAUGAUUUACCUACACUGCAGAGAGAACUAGUAGGAGAAUCUAGUUCAAGUACAAGAGACAUCUCAAAUUGAUAAUAUCGACCAAGAAGAGGACAACCAGUUCACUAAAACCAAUGAUGAGGAGCAACUAGGUUGGCCCAUUGCUCUACAAAAAGAGAAGAUAAGUUGUAUAAAGAAAUCACUCUAUCAUAUGGUCAACUACCUAUCAUAUGAUAGGUUAACACCAUUGUACAAGGCUUUUCUCAUGAACUUGAAGACAAUUAUUAUCCCCAAGAUAGUAGAAGAAGCUCUGUCACACAAAGAAUAGAGUCAUGCCAUGGAUGAAGAGAUUAAAGCACUAAAGAAGGACUGUACAUAGGACUUAGUCCCUUUACCUUCAGGAAACAAUAUGGUUGGUUAUAAGUAGGUGUAUAAUCCUAAGUAUAAAGCUGAUGGAACAUUGGAAAGAUACAAGGUAAGGUUGGUGGCUGAUGGCUAUUCACAAUCUUAUAGAAUCGAUUAUUUUGAAAUGUUUGCUCAUGUUGCAAAGUUGAAUACUAUCCAGAUACUCAUAACAUUAGUAGUAAAUCUAGGAUGGGAAAUACAUCAAUUCAAUGUGAAAAAUACAUUUCUUCACGAAAAUUUACAGGAAAAUGUAUACAUGAAUGUACCUCCAAGGUACACAUUUAUUCAUUAAAAUAAUGUUGUUUGCAGGUUGAAGAAAUCUCUAUGGCUUGAAACAAUCACCCCGAGCCUAGUUUGAGAGAUUCACUCAAGCUAUGAAGGGAUUCGGGUACAUACAAAGCAAUGGGGAUUGUUAGAAAUCGUGCUGGACUUUGAUCAUCUCCGAACACCUCCCUUCCUUCUUGUAUGUGCUAGCAGUGAACACGAGAGAGAGAGACACGAAAAGAAGAAGGCCGAAGCCCUAAAUUUCAUCACACUCUAAUGCUUACAUGCUGGUUGGUAUUUUAUACUGACCAGCUGUUAUGAAACGGGAGAGGGUAAACCGGACCAGUUCAAUUUGAACUGGUUCAGUCUAUUGUUCUGUUACAAGGUAUGAUGGACAGAGAAAUAAAGGACGAAACAGUAAAUGGAAAAAUUAUUUCUAACACUCCCCCUCAAGCUUGUGAAUGUAUGUUGUCCAUUCCCAGCUUGGACACAAGAUGAUAGAAUAUGUUGCCGUGUGGUCCUUUCAUGAAUAUAUCUGCGAUUUGAUCAGUUGUAGACACAUAUAAAAUACAUACAUGUCCACUAUCUAUCUUUUCUUUUAUGAAGUGGCGAUCAAUCUCUAUGUGUUUAGUUAUGUCAUGCUGAACAAGGUUGUGAGCAAUAUUGAUCACCGAUUUAUUAUCAAUAAAGCUUCAUUAGACCAUCUAUGUUGAUCUUCAAAUCCUUCAAUAUGAUAUUGACCCAUAAAAUCUCACAAAUACUUUGUUCCAUAGCACGAAAUUCAGCUUCUGCACUUGAUCUAGCUACGACAUUCUAUUUCUUACUUUUCUAAGUAAUAAGAUUAUCUCUAAGAAAUGUACAAUAUCUUGAUGUUGAUCAUCGAUCUACAAUAGAUCCAGCAUAAUCUGCAUCUGUGUACACUUCAAGUGUUAGAUAAUCAUGUUUUUUGAACAGAAUGUCUUUUCCUGGUGUUCCUUUUAGAAAGUGUAGAACAUGAUAUGCUGCCUGUAAAUAUAUUUGUUUCGGAUUGUGUAUGAACUAACUAAUGAUGCUGACUGCAUAUGUUAUGUCUGGCCGUGUAUCUGAUAGAUAAAUCGUUGAUACAUCCCUUUAUCCACAGCAAUGUCUUCCUCCGCUGCACUUAACUUGAGAUUAGGAUCAAUUGGAGAAUUAGCUGGUUUGCAUGCUUUUUUCUAGUUUCUUGAAUCAAAUCUAUCACAUAUUUUUGUUGAGACAAAAAAAUUGAAUUCUUAGAAUAUGCAACUUCAAUAUCUAGGAAGUAUUUUAAUCUUCCUAAAGUUUUCAUCUCGAAUUCUUGAGAUAAAUAUUGAUCGAAGUUUUUUUUCUGCAUCAUCAUUUCCAGUGACAAUAAUAUCGUCCACAUAUACUAUUAGAAUCGUAACUCCCCCUGGAGAAGAUUGUUUGACAAAUACAAUGUGAUCACCUUGACUUUGUUUGUAUCCCAUCUUGAGAUAACUUUCAUAAAUUUACUAAAUCAGGCUCGAGGAGAUUGUUUUAGUCCAUACAAUGCUUUCUUCAGCCUACACACAAUAUUAGCAUCUGAAUUUCUCUCAUAUCCAUGUGGUACCUCCAUAUAUGAUUUCUCUUCUAAUUCACCAUGUAAAAGUGCAUUCUUAACAUCAAAUUGCUGAAGAUUCCAAUCAGAGUUAAUUGCCAAUGACAAAAGUAAUAUAAUUAUAUUCAUUUUUGCUACUGGUGCAAAAGUUUCAAGAUAAUCAACUCCAUAAGUUUGUGUGUAUCCUUUUGCAACCAGCCUGGCUUUGUAUCUUUCUAUGGAUCCAUCUGAAUGGUAUUUAAUUGUAUACACCCAUUUGCAGCCAACAACUUUCUUCCCUAUUGGCAGACGUACAAGUUCCCAAGUAUCAUUUUUCCUUAAAGCUUUCAUAUCCUCAUUCAUAGCUUGUCUCCACUUCUCAUGAGUUAAAGCCUCAAAAACAGUCUUUGGGAUUGAGGUAGUAUUUAGGUUAGAUACAAAGGCCUUGUGUGAAGGUGAUAAUCUAUUAUAUGGCAAAAAAAGUGUCAUAGGAUAUAAUCGUUUUUUGGUACAUUCUCUUACCCCUUUUUGAAGGGCAAUAGGUAGGUCUUCAUCAAUAGGUAAGGUGCUGGUCUGGGAUGUCCCAUUUGACUCAUCUUGGGAAUGUUGUUUUGAUCUACUGCAAUGUUUGAUUGACUUGGAAGCUCCAAAUAAUAGAGUCCACUCUAUUCUCUAGCACGUCUUAUUGUCCUCUCAGACAUCUUGUCAAAAAAUAGACAAGUAUUAGGAUCAAACACAACAUUACCUAGGUCACGUGUGAGUUUGCAAAGAGAAAUUAGGUUGGUGGUCAACAUAGGAACAUGAAGUACAUUUUUCAAGGUAAUAUAAGGUGAUAGGCAAAUGUUUCCUAUCCCAGCAACCAUGUUCUACGGAUCUCAAGAAUCAUGGUUGUCCACAUCCAAGCCAUGAUUCUUGAGUCUUUUUGAUCCCAUGCUUCAAAUCUCGGAUCUCCAGCUUUCAAGCUUGGAUGAGCUAAAUGAUUUGCCAUUCCCUGUCCUGUAAGAACAACUCAAACUUGCUGAGACCAUCCAAAGUAAUUCCUACCAUCGAGAUGAUUUGUUUGUGGUAUAAUUGGCAAAUCUCCAUAGAUCGGACUAGGUUCCACCCUCACAGAUCGGGAUUGUUCUUGUUCUGCCAUAGAAAUUGCUUCAGACAUUCUUGAGAAUUCAAGAAUUAGGUAUGUUUGUUUUAGAAAUGAGUUAACCUACAGAUCAAGACACUAACCUACAGUUCGUGUUCUGUAGAUCAAUAGUGCUAGAUUCUCACCUAGAUAGUGCAGAAUCAGCGAACAACUAGUGACUUGUUACAAAAAGAUGAGUUCUCUCUCGAAAAUGAAAAAACAGUUGUUCAAGAAGAACUCAGAAGAUCAAGGGAGUUUGGAAUGAUCACACCUGAGCUCUGAUACCAUGUUAGAAAUCGUGCUGGACUUUGAUCAUCUGUGAACACCUCCCUUCCUUCUUGUCUGUGCCAACAGUGAACACGAGAGAGAGAGACACGAAAAGAAGUAGGCCGAAGCCCUAAAUUUCAUGACACUCUAAUGCUUACAUGCUGGUUGGUAUUUAUACUGACCAGCUGUUAUAUGAAACGGGAGAGGGUAAACUGGACUGCUUCAAUUUGAACCAGUUCAGUCUAUUGUCCUGUUACAAGGUACGAUGGACAGAGAAAUAAAGGAUGAAACAGUAAAUGGAAAAAUUAUUUCUAACAGAAGGUUCAUAAUUGUAAUCUACAUUCACAAAAGGAGGAAAUCCAUCGAUUGAAAUCUACAUAGAUGCAGAUUAUGCAGGGUCAGUCAUAGAUCGCAUAUCAAUAUCUGGUUAUUGUACAUUUGUUUGUGGUAAUCUUGCGACCUGGAGGAGCAAGAAGCAACAAGUAGUUACAUGAUCUAGUGCUGAAGUAGAAUUCAGGGCAUUGACCCAAGGGAUAUGUGAAGGUUUAUGGAUUCGAAGUUUGUUGGAUGAAUUGAGAAUCAACCAAUCAAAUCAUAUGAAACUGUCUUGCGACAACAAGUCAGCAAUGACUAUUGCCCAAAAUCCUAUACAACAUGACAAGACUAAACGCAUUGAGGUUGAUUGAUAUUUUAUUAAAGAAAAAGUAGAAAUUGGAGAUGUAGAUCUGAUAUAUGUUGGGAUAUCAUAACAGGUUAUCGACAUAUUUACCAAGGGACUCACAAGAUCAAUAUUUCAAAAGAUGGUGUCCAAGUUGGGCAUGGAAAACAUUCGUACCCAAUUUGAGAGGAGGUGUUUAACUUUCUAGGUUUUUUUCCUUUAUAUCUGUUUCUUUUUCAUUGUAUUUUUGUCCUUUCUUGUCAUUCUCUAUGUUAAGUGGAUCAAUUGGACUGUUAACAGAUUCACUUAAAGACUAAUGUAAUGGGCCUAAACCAUUAACUUAUGUAACCCGUACUUAAGUGGGAAACCAUGAUAAUUGAUGCAUUCAUUUUGGAUUGCGGAAGCCCUACUCCAAGAAGUGGUGACUGGUUCAUCUUCUUGGAAGAGGAGGAUCGUGAAGAUAGACUCCUUUCAUUCUCCCAGUUGCACGAAUCUCAAUCAAGAUCAUUUGUCAAGACUGAUCAGUGAAAUGGUAAAUGUGACAUUCUUAGGAAGGUGGCCGGCAUAGUAUAAAUGAUGGUCGGUAUGGUACUCCAGACCUGUGGUUUCCUUAAUUUUCAUCCUAAGGGUCAUUUUAUGUCUAUAUUUCAAUGAGCCUUGCAUGUAAGCAUUCAGGAGGGUUAUGAAUUGGUCAUUGAUCCCCAACUUGUAGACUUACAUUCAUGUGAUCUCAAGUGUGGUUUAGAUGUAUUGAUGAUGGUGAUCACCAAUACUAUGGAAGGAUUGUGUGCAUGACUAAGAAAGGUGUUGGACAGGGGUUGGGUGCUCACCUACUAGGGAAAGGUGGGAAGGAGUUUCUUGAUGAGGUUAGGAGUAUUUGGGGUUGUGGGGUUUGCUGAGAAAGAGGGAAAUCCUUGGUUCUGGAUGGGUGAGGAAGAGAAAGAGGAUGAUAGGUGCAUUUUUUUGAGCGCCCGAUCAAAUAACUGAUGGAAUUCUGAUGCAAGAUGUCAUUUAGCAUAUGGAGUUCGGGUAAAUUAUCGUAUGGUCACAUAUUGGUUAGAGGAGCAUUAUCGCAGCUGACUAAGGGUCAGGAUCCAAUCCAAUAUGAUGCUCCUGUCAUAGUCUUUGAAGAUGUUGCCUCUUAGGGGAGUGAGAUUCAUCCUAAACUAUAGUUUUUAUUAGUCAUUCUCUGCAUGAGAAAACCUGUUUAGAGGUAAUAAGAUCAGGGGAAAUUGUUGAUGGUCCAUAUUCCGAUUCAAAACUAUAAUGAUUUAAAUGACUGAGGCCACUGCAUCCGUCCACUUUGCCUCCGUUUUUAUGGUUUCUCUCUGUCUCUGCCUGGUAGAAUUUCUCCACACAUAAUAUGCUUACCGUUGUCCUGUCUUCAUUUGGGCAUGUACACUUCUAGCCUCUGUGUUUUAUAUGACUAUGAAAGUUGUCAACCUUUCUGACAGGCUCAAAAUGGUGCGGAGGUUUCUGGGAUCUUGACAGUGAUGACUCUAGGGAUGUAAGUCCAUUUCCUUGUCAAAUGACUGUCUUUAAAUAUUUUUUCACUGCAAAUGAUGUUAUCUUAUAAAAAGAAAUAAAUUAUGAUGCAGGUUUUAUGCUGCAGUUGCUAGAACAGCUUUUAAGGGUGAUGGACAACAAAGUUUGCAUCAUUUCUGGUGCGCAUUUUUUUUGGUGUCUAUGAGAAUUCUUCAUCAGUUGUGCAGAUUUUUGCUUUUCCUCAUUCCAUAAUGCAGUUUUAGCAAUUGAUGCAGUAUUGUAGAUAUAUAUAUAUAUAUAUAUAUAUAUAUAUAUAUAUAUUUGAAAUGAGGAAUUUGAUUCCUUCUGGAUUACACUUUUUUGACUCACUGCAUAUCAUUGAAGGAAAAUGUGUCAAAUGCUUCUUCUUGGCUUUGGCUUUAAUAUUUUCUUAAUUCUAAUAGAUAAGAUUGCGUAAGAGAUGUAAACAAAGAUACUGAGAAUUUCUGAUAAAACUUUCGAAAUACAAGUGAGGGUAGUUUUCCAGGAGAUUGAAAGAAUUCAUUUCAUGGAAUUUUACUGAAACAAAGCUCAACUGGAACAGGUAUUACCCACCACGACUCUCACAUAAGAAUAAUGUGAAAUACAAUCGAGGAUAGUUUUCCAGGGUAGUUCUCUACAUUCUUUAGAAUGAUAUUUGUAGUGAAGGCGUUCUUGAUCCAAGAGUGUAGGAGAACUGCUAAAUUCUUCCAACUUAAUUUUUUCGAAUCUUGUGCUGUAUGCACGACUUGACGGAUUGUGGGAUAUAACGUGUUUUGUUUGGCAUAUUUAUCUUAUAUUUUAUGCCUUCAUGUGCAGGGAAAUGGUGUCGUACAUUGCUAAUACCCUUAUAUUCAUUUUAAGGUAAUUACUUCAUGCAUCUGCUCUUUUGUGUUAUGUAACAUCCGAUGUAAUUCUGCAAGUUUAUACCCUCUAUUUUUUCUUUAAUUUCAUAACAAAGUUGAUUUUUAUUUUGAUGUGAGUAGAGGAAGGGGGGUUUAAAAUUUCACUUGGAUAAAAUUUCACUUUUAGAAGAAUAUUUGUGUUUCAGAACUCGUGCAAAAAAGCUUGUAUCAUAUGCAUCUAGCCAGCCGUACUCUCAACCUGUCUAAUUUGACACUACAUCAGGGAAACUUCACUCGAGAUUCUAUACUCAAGAGAAGAAUACUGGGUUCCAGUCCCGAUCACUGGAUCAGUCUGCAUUUGCUAAUAAUUCUAUUGGCUAUAACUAAUCCAUUUUUGCAGUUGCAAGCAGAUCUCGGUGAUGACAUGUGAUCCAAACUUUGGCCCCUAUGAUAUGUUAUUUUUAUCACUUGAUAGUGUCUUUGUUCAAAUUUAGUUAUGGCUUACAUCCAUAGGGUCGCUUGGUUAGGGCAUGUGUGGAACUUGGAGGUUUUGGCAGAGAGGGGGUAGCCUCCUGUUGCAUCUUAGUUAAUUGUUGUCGGUUCUGGAAGUUCAAAAAAAUUGAACCAUAUCUGCUGCUUUGAUCUGGUUUGUCACUUUUUAUUUCUUAAAUAAGGAGGCACUCAUUGAACUUAUGAUUGAUUGGCCUGCUGCCCCGUUUGGCUGAGAUGGAAGCCAAAAAAAUUCUGCAAUCUGAAAAUUAUAAUACUCCAUAAAAAAGAUUUUUCAGUAAGUUAAAAGCAUCUAGAGUAAGGAGGUGAUAUUUCCAUGUCUUUCUUGUGUGUCCGUUUCUAUCUAUUCAGCAGGAUGUUCACUACCCCAAGUUGGGUGGUCUGGGUGUUGCCUGUUUAUGUAUUUUCUUGAUUGAAGAGUAUAGUCGUUGGAAUCAUCACACGGAGUGUACUAUUUACAUACUUUCUCAUAUAAUGAAGUAAAUGAUUUGACUGAAAGUGGGUCACUAAAAUUCGAGGAGUUUCAGAGGUUUUGGGUGCUUUUGAUCAGUUCUAAACAGCAAUGGAUUGGGAUGGGACAAGGUCUCAAAUAGAAUUUCCUGGUAUUAAAUCCAUCAUCAAGGUUGACAAACUUGACAUUUUCAGUUGCCAAGUUUUCAGUCCGAGGGAGAAUAUGUUCGUAAUGAUGCACGAUAAAGACAUUUCUUAGUAUUAGAUCACUAUGUUCCUUCAACUUUUCUUAAAAGAUAUUUCACUACUGGCCAAAUUUGUUUUUUCUUUAUAGUUUUUAAUUAUUAAUAUAAGUCAAUUAGCCUAAGUUGAGUGUAAUUAUGACGUAGUGAAACUUGAAAAGGUAAUGACUUGAAUGAAUUGUGAUCAACUCUAAUGUUGUGGGGGUCAAAGUCAUGUCUUGAAUUCUCGAAAAAUGUGCUCUAGUGAUUGUCUCUUCGCUCUGAAUUCACAAGUUGAGGAGGACAGGUCCCUUGAGUAAGAGGGUGAUUCUAAAUCCAAAGAAUCAAGAACAAGGUUCCCUGAGUACACAGGGGUGCUGGAGUCCACAAGUAGAAGAAGAGAAUUUCAAGAGAAGAAACUCACAAAAUUAUAUUGAUAGAAAGUAAUGUCUCUGGGGCUACAUGGUGCCUUUAGAUAUGCUAAAGAGUCUUGAUUUGGCACAAAGAUUUGAAUUUCAAAUGAAAUCUAAAUUUAAAAUCAAAUUUCGAAUGAAAUUUGAAUUUCAAAAAUAAAUUCUAAAAUGAGAAAUGAAAUUUAAAUUUCAAAUAAAAAUUUGAUUCAGAUGAAAUUUAAAUUUCAAACAAAAAUUUGAAUUUCAAGUGAAAUUCAAAAAAUAAUAAAAAUAGAUAUAUUGGCCUAAUUUCGUAAUUGUGCCAACUAACUAAAGUGAGCUUCAAGCUGCAACAGUAAUGGGCUUCUAGGUGCAUCAAUCGUGGGCUUCAGACUUCUUCAAUAGUGAGCUUCAAGUUUUGGGCUGCAUUAAUUUCUCCUUCUUGAAAAGGACUCGUCUUGGAGUCUUUAACUUGCUCUGAAUAAUACUCAUAGAUAUCCAUAACAUUGAAUGUAGAUGAGAUUCCCAUUGUCUAUGGUAAGUCAAUGACAUAUGUGUUAUCAUUAAUCUUUUGAUGGACUUUAAAUGGACCAUACUUCCGUGGACUGAGUUUUUGAUAUUUUUUUGCUGACAAUCAUUCUUUUCUUAAGUAUAUCAUAACCAAAUCACCAACAUCAAAGAUCUUCCUUCUUCUUUUUCUAUCUACCUUUUCCUUAUAGUUUGAAUAAUUAGUUGUAAGAUGUUUCUUCACAUUCUCAUGUAUUGUUUGGAUGUAUUCUGCCAUGUUAUUUGCAGCUACACUAGUACCAGAUUUUCUUAGUAUUUCAAUAAGUCAAGAGGGACUUUUGAUGAAAAAUAAUAGACAAUAGAAAAUGAAGAAUAAUUUGUAGCCUGACUUAUCAUAGAACUGUAUGCGAAUUUUGCUUGAGCUAAGCCAAGAUUCCAUUGUCUUGAUUUGUCUCUUGAAAUACAACGGAUUAAAUUAUCAAGUGUUUUGUUAACCACUUCUGUUUGACCAUCAGUUUGUGGAUGACUUGAAGUACUGAAUUUUAAGCAUGAGUCAAAUCUGUUCUAAAGAGUAUGUCAAAAUGAGACAUAAAUUUUGAGUCUCUAUUAGAUGUAAUAGUUUUAGGCACUCCAUUCAAAUGAACUAUUUCCUUGAAAAAUAAAUUUGCUAUUUUUACGACGUUAUUAGUCUUUUUACAUGCAAUAAAAUGUGCCAUUUUAAAAAUCUAUCCACAACUAAAAAGAAGAAUCUACUCCUCUUUGAGUACGUGGUAAUCUUAAAAUAAAAUCCAUAAAAAUGUUAGUCCAUGCUUUAUCUGGAAUGGGUAAUGGAGUGUACAGAUCUUUGUUCUGGCACUGUCUUUUAUUAGCUUGACAAAUUUGAUAUUUUCAUUCAAAACUUUUAACUUUCUUUUUACGUUGUGGCCAAUAAUAACAUUCUUUCAUCAUUUUCAAAGUCUUGUCAUGUCCCCCAAGUCUUCGUGUAUGUAAUUUCCGAAUUAACUUCUCACACAAAGAAGCUCGAGGGAUAUAUAACUGAUUUUCUCAAAAUAAGUAAUCUUCAAGAAUAUGAAAUCCUUUGGAUAGUUUGUCUUGUUUACAUAUAUAUCAUAUUUGAGCAAAAUCUUCAUCUCCUCCAUAGAGUUCUGUUAGAUAUUCAAAACCAUUAACUUCACCUCUCAUUAUAAUUAGAAAUACUGAUUUUCGGCUCAAUGCAUCAACCACUUUAUUUGAUUUUCCUGAUUUGUGCUUUAUCACAAAAAAAAACUUUUAAAUAAAUGAAAUCUAUCUAGCAUGCAUUCUGUUGAUAGUGGUUUGAUUAUUGAUUGAUUUCAAAGCUUGAUGGUCAGUAAAUAAAAUAAAUUCUCAUUGAAUCAAGUAGUUUUUUCAAAUAUGUAAUGAUUUAACCAUAACAUAAAAUUUUAAUUCAUACAUAGUCCACUUUCUUCUGGCUUUUGUUAAUUUCUCAUGAUAAAGAGUGAUUGGAUGACUUUCUUAGGAUAAUACAACUUCAAUUCCAGUAAUUGAAGCAUCACAUUCGACUUCAAAUAAUUUAUUAAAAUUUGAUAGUGUUAGUAUAAGGGUAGAACUUAAUUUUUCUCUUAUUAGAAUGAAACUUCUAUCUGCUAUAUCUGUCCACUAAAAGUUUUCUCUUUUUAUACACUCAGUGAUGGGAUCAUAAUUGAACUAAAAUUUCAAAUAAAUCUUCUAUAAAAGGAUGCUAAGCUAUGAAAACUAAAAACAUCAUGUAUAUUCGUUAUAAUUAAUCAGUCUUUAAUAGCUUCAACCUUUUCUUCAUCUAUUUUGACGCCUUCUACACCUACAAUAUAUCUCAAAAAAACUAAACUUGAAGUAAGAAAUUUGCAUUUCCUUAAAUUGGUAAAUAACUUAUUUUGUUGUAAAAUAGUCAAUAUAGAUCUUAAAUAAUGAUGAUGUUCUUCCUCUAUGGAAUUGUAUAUCAAAAUAUCAUCAAAAUAGAUAACAAUUUUUUUUUCAAUAAAAGGCUUCAAUACUUGAUUCAUCAUUCGCAUAAAAGUAUUUGGGGCAUUAAGCAAGCCAAAUGACAUAACCAACCAUUCAUAUAAUCCUACUUUCAUCUUGAAAGCAGUCUUCCAUUCAUCACUUGGACGAAUUGGAAUUUGAUGAUACCCACUUUUAAGAUCAAUUUUGGAGAAGAUUCUGGAACCACAAAGUAUGUCAAGUAUAUCAUCAAGUCUUGGAAUUGAAAAUCUAUAUUUCACUAUGAUUUUGUUAAUUGCUCGACUAUCUACACAUUCAUUAGGUUCUAUCUUUUUUUGAAAGUAAUAAUGCAGGUACUGAGCAUGGGCUCAUACUUUCAUGAAUUAAUCCUUUCUCUAGUAACUCUUCAACUUGUUCUUGCAGAAUCUUAUUCUCCUUAGGGCUCAUUCUAUAAUGAGGUAAAUUUGGCAAACUUGCUCUAGGAAUCAAGUCUAUAUGAUAUUGUAUGUCCUUGAGCGAAGGAAGAUAUAUAGGAGAAUAUUAUGUGAUAGAAAACUCAUUUAACAUAUUAUGUGCAACCUUAAGUAUAACACCAAAAUAAUUCAAAUAAACAUUCUCUUUUUCAACUAACAUAAAUAUUUCAGAAUUUUCUUUCAAAGUAUUUAAAAAUUCUUUUUUAUCAAUCAUCAUAACUUACUUCUUCUUUUUUUUAACUAUGUUGAAAAACUUAUUUUCUUUAUUGGACAUAAAACAAAUUUCUCACCAUUUUUUUAAAAAACAUAAUAAUUAUCUUUGCCCAUGUGAGUUACAUCUAGAAUCAUAUUGUCAUGGUCUACCCAAAAUUAGAUGACAGGCAUCCAUCUUAACAACAUCACGAUAAAUUUCAUCAAAAUAAACUUUGCUUAUUGAGAACUUAACUAAAUAUGUCUUUGUAACUCUAAUUUCAUAAUCCUUCUUUAUUCACCCAAUCCUAUAUGGAUGUAGAUAUUUUUUAAUUUUCAGCCCUAGUUUCUAUACCAUCAAAAAAGAAACAAUAUUUUCACUACUACCAUAAUUAAUAAUCACAUCACAUACCUUCCCAUCAACAGUGUAUUUUGUUCUGAAAAUAGUAUGACACUAGGGAGGUUCUUCCUUCUUUGGUGCAUACAUCAACCUUUGAAUGACUAAAAAGUGACCAAAGUCUUCUUCUUCUUCACCUUUAAUAAUAUUUUUUUGAAUUUCUUCAUGAUAUUUCCACCCUUAAUUUCAUCUUCAUCUAUGGCCUUUGUGAAAUUUACAGCACCACAUUUUGGACAAACAUUUGAUUUGUGACCCUCGUCAUUACAUCUGUAACACUUUGGAAUAGAGCUAGGAAUAUAUGGAUUCUUUUGAGAAGAAUUUCACCCACUAGGAAUAGAUCUACUUGGUCUUGGUACAACUAAGGUUGUUGAUCUUCCAUUACUAGUAGUAGAUGAAAUAUGUGAUGGUCUUGACCUAUCUGGCUGAAAUGCUGACACAUUAAUAGAAUUUUUAGUUCUGGUUUUUUCUCUCCAAUAAAGCUUCAGCAUGUUUUGAUGCCAUAAUAAUAUCAUUUAAUUUGAAAAAUGAUUGUAAAGCCACCUUUUCUUCAAUAUCCCAUCGAAGUCCACUUUUAAAUCUAGAUAUCAUACAAGAUUCAGAUUCAAUCAAAUCAACUCUUGAAGAAAGUCUAUAAAAUUCCUCAUCAUAUUUUGUGUCAAAUCUACUUCUCUAUUUACAACUUUGAUAUUGAUGAUAUAAAACAUGUUCAUAAUUAGGAAGAAGAAAUCUAGAUUUUAAUAAUUUCUUCAUUUUAUCCCAACUUUGAACUUAAUCUUUUCUUCAUAUUGCAUGAGUGGAUUGUAGCUGAUCCCACCAUGUAGAGGCCCCACCUUUGAGUUUAUAGGUAACUAAUUUUACCUAUUUCUCAUCAGAAAUCUUCAUAUAUUCAAAAAAUCUCUCAACUUUAGAAAUCCAAUCUAGAAAUUCUUCUAUUUUCAAAUGUGCAUUCAAAUUAGGCAAAUUAAUUUUCAUUCGAAAAUCUCUACAAUCAUCAUAAUCUGAUCUACUUUUUGAGCUUGCUAUAUCAUUUGAUAAGUUUUUAUGUGAGAGAUUACAAAAAUCAAUUUAUUUUUGACCAAUUGGACCAUGAGAUUGACAUUCCAUUGCAGACAUUCGUGCUAAGAUUUGCUUCAAAGUGUCAUUAAAAACUUCAAUUUUUUGUUCCAUAUGAGUCUUGAAAUCAACAAACUUUGAUUUUGAAAUAGGACAUACCUUAGAACUUUCAUUGUCAUUGAUGUGAAUCCCUUUACCUCAUGACGUCUUGCAAAUCUAAAUCUAAAAUGCUGACCUUGCUCUGAUACCAUUUGAUGCAGCGAAACUUGAGAAGAGAAUGGCUUGAACGAGUUGUGAUCAAUUCUACUGUUGUGGGGAUCGAAGUCACAUCUUGAAUCCUCGAAAAAUAUGUUCCAAUGGUUGUCCCUUCACGUUGAAUCCACAAGUUGAGGAGGACAGGCUUGAGUCCACAAGGGGGUGAUUCUGAAUCCGCAUAAUCAGGAACAAGGUUCUCUGAGUCCACAGGGGUACUAGAGUCCACCAGCAAAAGAAGAGAAUUUCAAGAGAGAAACUCACAAAACUAUAUUGAUAGAAAGUAAUAUGCCUCUAAGGCUACAUGGUGCCUUUAAAUAGGCUAAAAAGUUUCAAUUUGGCACCAAGAUUUGAAUUUCAAAUAAAAUCUAAAUUUGAAAUCAAAUUUCGAAUGAAAUUUGAAUUUCGAAAAUAAAUUCUAAAAUGAGAAAUGAAAUUUAAAUUUCAAACAAAAAAUUGAAUUUUCAGAUGAAAUUUGAAUUUCAAAUAAAAUUUAAAUUUCGGAUGAAAUUUGAAUUUCGAAUUUGAAUCUAAUUUCGAAAAAUAAUAAAAAUAGAUAUAUUGGCCUAAUUUCGUAACUGGGUCAGCUAACUAAAGUGGGGUUUAAGCUGCAAUAGUAAUAGACUUCUAGGUGCAUCAAUAGUGGACUUCAGGUUACUUCAGUAGUGGGGCUUCAGGUUUUAGGCUGCAUCAAAUUAAAUGCCUAUUUACCAAGUUGUUACAUUGAAUGAGGUCUGUGGUGAGUUACUAACUGCUCACUUGGAUAUUAGGUAGGUAGCAAAACCACUAAGUCAUACAAAAUGUCAAUAGUAUACUUACUAUGAAUAAGAAGAUUCCUUUUCUAAAAAUGUUUUGAUACUUUCUUACAACUUCUUGAGAUAGACAAGAGGUGAGGAGAUGGAAAUUAUGAUCCAUGACCACCAUAUAUGAUAGAAGUAUUUUUGCUUUUGUAUCCUCUAAUGAGAGUAUUUUAGAUUUUUACUCAUUAGUUGUUUUCUUUCUUUAUUUACCCUAAUACAACAACUUCAAGUUUCGAGCUCGAAGCAGCACUCUUGUUAUUUGUGGUUAAGACGCACCAAAUUUAAGUCCAAGUAAAAAGACUGAAAACUUAACGUGUUCAUGAAUGGUGAGUUAAGAAUAGUCCCAUACUGUCAUUAAAAAAAAUACAGAGAGGAUUAAAAUGAUGGAUCUAAUUUAUUUGAUUCGGUUAGCUUGAAAGAUUUACCUCCUUUCUUCAUUUCCUAAUGUCCAACAGUUGUAGAUUGCUGAAAAAGGAACAUAGUUGGAGUCUGUAUUUUACAGAUCUUGUUGAUGACAUCUGAGUGGGAGGCGAAAUGAUGAUGAAUGAUUUUUAGCAUCAGAUGGUUGGGAGAAUUGAAUGGUGAGGCUGUGGUAUUUGUGGUUGACUGGAGGAAAAAUUCUGCCCAAACCUUUUUGGGUUAUGGACUAGGGUGGGGGAGGCAGGGAGGGGGACGUCCAUCACUGUUCACAAUGUUAUGGUGAGAAACAUAGUAGUGACAGAUGGCAUGGUGUAGGACGGGAUGGCAGAGUUAAUGCCAAGUUGGGCAGAUGGAGUCCGAUGUGGGGAGGUCCUCUUAUCUCGCCUGGCAACCAUGCAUCUUCUGAUGCUACUAUUUGUUCUUUUUUAUGGUGAAUCAUCUAUAAUCACAUGACGAGUUAUGAGUUUCAAACUUAAAAUGGAAACUACACUAUCGUUCAUCACUCCUAGAUCUCUUCCAAUAUUGUGUUCCAGCGUUUUUUAAAAGAAACUUAAUUUUACACCAUGUCUCUCGAACAACCACUGUUUGCAUAAUUUUUUUUCCAUCUGUUGAAUUUCUAGUCAACCAGUUAUAGAGAAUAUGCCUGUCAUUUUCCUAAUUAUUUUCUGUACCAAAUGAAAGACAAUAGCAUUUUGCUUAACGCAUUAAAAAGUAUUCUUGUCCUUACCUUUAUGUGAAAUUUCAACCUUCUGACAUAGUUCUAAUGGUGCUAUCUAAUUGUCUCAGUGGGGUCGUAAUAGCUGAGGGAAUCCUUCAAAAUAAAGACCAUUUUGAAAACCAUGGUAGUUAUUCAAUGGCUUGCUCUUCCCGUUUUAUUUAAUUAUGCUGUUUCUACGAGCUAUAUCUCAAAGCCAUACAUUUCAAUCAUCAUUUUUUUUUCUGACUUCUAUUUCUUUCCAUUGUUAGUUGACGUCACUUAGAUUAAUCGUUUAGUUUCUGAAUUAUAUAUAGUUUGCAAGAUGUUUUUUGUGUAGAAUUUUAGAUUUUUUUUUCAUGUGACUGAUCAAAUACCAGAUGGGAAAAAAUUAGGAACAUAUCUCACUUAAGGCUCUGGGCGAAGAGAACUUGAACGAUAAGGUAAAACUUUGGAAGAACAAUCGCGUUGGUUAUUGGGAAAACCUAUUUUUCAGUGGUUUUUUCUCAGAACUCUCAUGUAGACCACACCACUGGGUUUGAGUUUUUGUUCACCUCUUCAAAGAGUUACAGUGCCCGUAAUAACCAUACAUGACGCUUGAAAACAUGUGUAAUGGAUAGAGAGAAUAAAGCGUAGUGAAGAUCCCAUAUGAAUUAUAUGGUCUAUGAAGUCAGCAACCCAGUGACGACUACGAGAAGAGAGCUGUCCUCAUAAAGGCUAUUGUAAUGCUGUCCUCAUAAAAGACUCCUGGUCACCAUGAACUUUUUAAAGUUUUUAAUCGUCUGCUAUUUAUGGAUUCAGGAAGUCAAGACGUCCAUAUUUUGUUCAAAUGUCGAUCUGAAUUGUCGUUAGAUGAGUGCACAUUUUUUUUCACGGUGGCUUGAUUGGGUGAUCAUUUUAAUGUCUGUGUAAUUACUGACAGGUAAUUUUGGGCUCUGGUUUCCCCUAAGGCUUUUGUUUUGUUGAUGUAAUGGUGCCAUGAUAUCAAAUAGCAUACAUAAAGGGAAUAAUCAGUUAGAGAAAGAAGGGAAUAAUCAGUUAGAGAAAGAUUACGGAUAAAUCAUAAAUAAUCGCAAAUGAAAGAUGAACUUCUUUAAAACAUCAUUUUAGAAAAAAAAAAUGGUGUUACAAAUCGGAUUCUACCUUCAAAUUUCUAGAUCCUUCCUGAUCCGGAUCGGAUCAGUCAAAUCAGCCGAUAUUAUCCAAUAUAUUCAAAAAGAAAAUUAGAAGUGACACCUUAUAGCCAUCAAUAUGCAUAUGUUUUUUAAUAAGACAUAAAGAUAAAAAUUGAGAAAUAGACUUUUAAGGAUAUACCAUCUGUAUAACCUUGCCUUUCCUUAAUGCGUUCUCAUGCACGAAUGGGAUGGGAGAAUCCUGCUCUGAGUCUGUGCAGUUGGUAGCAAUGUCAGAUGAAAUCUGGUUUUCACUGGAUCGCAUGGUUUCAGAGAAACAUUUCGUGUUACCCUUUGUCUUCUUUCACUAUGCAUCGGUCAUUUCUCUUCUCAUAGCAAACGACAAUACCUGUGCCCAUCUUUCAUUGACUGUUACUCACCAUGGCAUGAAAUCAUAAUAUGAUGAAGCCCCACCCUGCACUUGAGUGCCUUUCUCCUCUGCCAUUGAACCCACAAGGGGACGAUAGGUUCAAAUCCCCAUACUUCCAAGCUCAGAACAAGAGACAAGGACGAGAGCAUCUGAUCAAAGGUUGCCAUCAAAGUGAAUGAAAUCUGUUAAGCAUCAAAGCAUAUGAUCUCUAUCGGUGAAGUAUAUCGAUAUUUCUGUAGCACAUACCUGCUAUAAUAAACCAUGCACCAAGACUAAAAAGAAAGAAUCGCGUCAACCCUGGUCUCUAUGAACUUUUUCAGAAUGCACGGAUACAAUUUGAUUAUCUUGGUGGUUUUAUCACCGCAUGAUUUUUUCCAUUACGACAAGAUUUUUUGUCCACUCAAUAUGUACUCUUCCUAAUAGUAAUUAUUUCUCAUGUUUAUUGCUCGAUCAUUCCUUGAAAAAACUUAAAAUGCAUGCGAUUUUUGAAAUUUUGCUUUCAGAAAAUUAUUCUAACUAUUUUCUUCUCUUUCAGGAUUGUCAUGGGCCUAUCUUAUUCUCCUCUAUGCUUUUGUCCAGCUCUCUCGAGCCAUAGUCGUGGUGCUUUUAUAUCCCUUUUUACAGUACUUUGGCUACGGGUUGGACUGGAAAGAAUCAAUGAUUCUUAUAUGGUCGGGAUUGCGAGGGGCCGUGGCAUUGUCACUUGCGCUAUCGGUUAAAGAAAGUUUCACAUCUCUACUCAUUUCCUUGAUGAUAUUUAAUCAUUUAUUCUAAUAGAGAAUUAUUUUCAAAAUUUCAUGAACUUUUAAUUUUUUUGUAAAGAUUAUUAUAAAUCAUAGUGAAUCUAUAUGUUUUUAUUAGUUUUUUGUGGUUUGAUCUUUUCAUAAUUAUCUGUAUGAGACAAAUUUUUGCAUGAAUUUUUUGAGCGAACCUUGAGCUUUAAGUAUUCACAUUUCAUAUCAUGGAUCAUUCAAAUCUUGCAAUAGACAUUGAAGCACAAUGGUCAGAGAAACUCCAUAAUGGGAGCAAUGACUAACAGUCAGAAUAACUCUCUUCCAACUAUAAAUAUAACAUGAAUGUGAAUAACUACAUAUAGAAUUUGAAGCAUAAAUUUUAAUUAUUUUAUGUUAAUUUGCAUUAUUCACUGGAAGUACUCCACUCUUUGUUUUCCUGCAGCGUGCUAGUGACAGCCAGCAUUCAGUUGAUCUCAAACCCGAAGUGGGUACAUUGGUAUGUAUUCAUCUACAUUCUGAAGUCCUUGGAUUUUUUCUGUUAGAUUUUAAAAUUAUAGUAAAUUAAUGUAUUUUGUAUUCUACAGUUUGUUUUCUUCACUGGUGGAAUUGUAUUCUUGACCCUUAUCAUCAACGGUUCAACCACACAGUUCUUGCUGCAUUUUUUGGAAAUGGAUAAGCUGUCAGCUGCAAAGGUACUAGUUUAAUUUCAUCUUAUUCUCCUCAAGUGAAGAAUCUAUUAUCUAAAUAUUACAUUUUUCCUUGGUGGAUAAAAUUUUCCCCAUUAAUAAUUUUCUUUACAAUUAUGAACCUUCUGUUAGAAAUAAUUUUUCCAUUUACUGUUCUGUCCUUUAUUUCUCUGUCCAUCGUUCCUUGUAACAGAACAAUAGACUUAACCAGUUCAAAUUGAACCAGUCCAGUUUACCCUCUCCCGUUUCAGAACAGCUGGUCGGUAUAAAUACCAACCAGCAUGUAAGCAUUAGAGUGUGAUGAAAUUUAGGGCUUCGACCUUCUUCUUUUCGUGUCUCUCUCUCGUGUUCACUGCUAGCACAGACAAGAAGGAAGGGAGGUGUUCGGAGAUGAUCAAAGUCCAGCACGAUUUCUAACAAUCCCCAUUGCUUUGUAUGUACCCGAAUCCCUUCAUAGCUUGAGUGAAUCUCUCAAACUAGGCUCGGGGUGAUUGUUUCAAGUCAUAUAGAGAUUUCUUCAACCUGCAAACAACAUUAUUUUAAUGAGUAAAUGUGUAACUUGGAGGUACAUUCAUGUAUACAUUUUCCUCUAAAUUUUCGUGAAGAAAUGUAUUUUUCACAUCGAAUUGAUGUAUUUCCCAUCCUAGAUUUACUAUCAAUGUUAUGAGUAUCUGGAUAGUAUUCAACUUUGCAACAUGAGCAAACAGAAAGGAAACACUUGAUGCAGCUUUGUAUAGAGAGUAAACAGAAAGAGAUAGAACCUAUGAAUAUCUUGUGGGACUGAACUCUGAAUAUGAUCAAGUCAGAAUUCAGAUCCUAGGAAGAGAGAAAUUACCUCCUCCCAAUGAAGUAAUCUCCCUAGUAAGAGGAGAAGAAAGUUGUCAGAACCUAAUGCUUGGUUCUCAUAACGUGGAAAAUUCAGCAUUUAUGGCUAGAAAUAGAAAAAUUAUAGCAAUAACAGUACCAAAACAAAGGGUGAACCUUCAAGACAAGAGAGGACUUCUAGCAUUGAUUUUAGAGACAAGUUAUGGUGUACAUAUUGCAAGAAAACAAGGCACACAAUUGAUAGGUGUUAUAAGUUACAUGGAAGGCCUCAAAGUCAUGAAUGGAUACAAAAGAAAAGACAACAAAGGAGUGAAAAUCAAGCACAUAUAUUUGUUGUCCAACAAGGGGAAGUAAAUACCUCAGCUGCCAUAGAAGAAGGUCCACAAGCUCAAGUAUUACAAGCUUCGUGUUCAUCUAACUAUUCAAGUAAGUCUCCAAUUUUUAUUGGGUUGAGUGCCUCAACAAAUAGUAAAUCUUCACCCUGGAUCAUUGAUUCAGGGGCCACAGAACAUAUGACCUAUGUCUCUCAUCUAUUUAACUCAUAUGCUCCUUGUCCAAGCAAUAGAAAAAUUACCACAGUUGUUGGUUCCUCAAUCAUGGUUGCUGGGAUAGGAAACAUUUGCCUAUCACCUUAUAGUACCUUGAAAAAUGCACUUCAUGUUCCUAUGCUGACCACCAACCUAAUUUCUGCUAGCAAACUCACAUGUGACCUAGGUAAUGUUGUGUUUGAUCCUAAUACUUGUUUGUUUUUAGACAAGAUGUCUGGGAGGACGAUUGGAUGUGCUAGAGAAUAGAGUGGACUCUAUUAUUUAAAGUUUCCAAGCCAAUCAAACAUUGCAGUAGAUCAAAACAACAUUCCCAAGAUGAGUCAAAUGGGACAUCCCAGACUAGCACCUUACCUAUUGAUGAAGACCUACCUAUUGCCCUUCAAAAAGAGAAUGUACCAAAAAACGAUUAUAUCCUAUGACACUUUUUUUGUCAUAUAAUAGAUUAUCGCCUUCACACAAGGCCUUUGUAUCUAACCUAAAUACUACCUCAAUCUCAAAGACUGUUUUUGAGGCUUUAACUCAUGAGAAGUGGAGACAAGCUAUGAAUGAGGAGAUGGAAGCUUUAAGGAAAAAUGAUACUUGGGGACUUGUACGUCUGCCAAUAGGGAAGAAAGUUGUUGGCUGCAAAUGGGUGUAUACAAUUAAAUACCAUUCAGAUGGAUCUAUAGAAAGAUACAAAGCCAGGCUGGUUGCAAAAGAAUACACAAAAAAUUAUGGAGUUGAUUCUCUUGAAACUUUUGCACCAGUAGCAAAAAUGAAUACAAUUAGAGUACUUUUGUCAUUGACAAUUAACUCUGAUUGGGAUCUUUAGUAAUUUGAUGUUAAGAAUACAUUUUUACAUGGUGAAUUAGAAGAGGAAUUCAGAUGUGGAUAUGAGAGAAAUUCAGAUGCUAAUAUUGUGUGCAGGCUGAAAACGAAAAUAUUGCAGUAAGGUCUCAACCAGCUAAUUCUCCAAUUGAUCCUAAUCUCAAGUUAAGUGCAGUGGAGGAAGACAUUGCUGUGGAUAAAGGGAUGUAUCAACGACUGGUAGGUAAACUGAUUUAUCUAUCAGAUACACGGCCAGACAUAGCAUAUGCAGUCAGCGUCAUUAGUUAGUUCAUGCACAAUCUGAAACAAAUACAUUUACAGGCAGCAUAUCCUGUUCUACACUUUCUAAAAGGAACACCAGGAAAAGGUAUUCUGUUAAAAAAACAUGAUUAUCUAACACUUGAAGUGUACACAGAUGCAGAUUAUGCUGGAUCUAUUGUAGAUCGACGAUCAACAUCAGGAUACUGUACAUUUCUUAGAGAUAAUCUUAUUACUUAGAGAAGUAAGAAAUAGAAUGUCAUAGCUAGAUCAAUUGCAGAAGCUGAAUUUCGUGCUAUGGCACAAGAUAUUUGUGAGAUUUUAUGGGUCAAUAUCAUAUUGAAGGAUUUGAAGAUCAACAUAGAUGGUCGGUCUAAUGAAGCUUUAUUGUGUUAAUAAAUCGGCGAUCAAUAUUGCUCACAACCUUGUUCAGCAUGACAUAACUAAACACAGAGAUUGAUCGUCACUUCAUAAAGGAGAAGAUAGAUAGUGGACAGAUAUGUAUUCUAUAUGUGCCUACAACUGAUCAAAUCGCAGAUAUAUUCACGAAAAGACUACAUGAUAACAUAUUCUAUCAUCUUGUGUCCAAGCUGGGAAUGGACAACAUACAUUCACCAACUUGAGGGGGAGUGUUAGAAAUAAUUUUUCCAUUUACUGUUUCGUCCCUUAUUUCUCUGUCCAUCGUACCUUGUAAUAGAACAAUAGACUGAACUAGUUCAAAUUGAACCGGUCCGGUUUACCCUCUCCCGUUUCAUAACAGCUGGUUGGUAUAAAUACCAGCAUGUAAGCAUUAGAGUGUGCUGAAAUUUAGGGCUUCGGCCUUCUUCUUUUCAUGUCUCUCUCUCUCGUGUUCACUGCUAGCACAGACAAGAAGGAAGGGAGGUGUUCCGAGAUGAUCAAAGUCCAGCACGAUUUCUAACACCUUCGUUGCAUUGUAAACCUUUGACUUUGGGGUAGUGGCGAAACAAACUGGUUGCAUUAUGUGACAUGAAAUUGGUCAACAUUAAUAUGACAUAAAGGGCAAAUCCUGCAGUUAACAGACAAAAGUGAUAAAGAAUAAUGGACAUGAGUCUGUUGAAUUGUAUUUUUGGAUACCCAGGUUCAGUUAAAAUGUUAUCCAUUGCUUUCUGAGCCUGCUUAUGGAGGUAAUACAUGGACCAAUGAUGGAAAGCUCAAUUCCUUUGUUUCAAAGAACAUUACGGUUGAGGUCAGGGUAUAUCUCCUCUUAGCACCUCUGAGGAGGCUGAUGGGUGGCACACAAGAAAAAAGCAAUGUAGGCUUGUUACACACAGCCACCCUCUCAAGAGAAGGAAAGCUGAUCAUAAAUAUUGACUUACUCCUGGUCGAUGGUAUAGAACACUAAUGCAGAAACAAAAAGUAAGAAGGAAUAACAAUAGAAGUGAGUUCAAACUAGUAAAUAUCAGAUCUUUGGGCCUGAUAUUAGGAUCAAAGCAAACAUAUGACUCCCUUUUUUACUUUCCCCCUAAUCAUUGAUGAAUAUUGAUGUCUCUUAUGAUCAGAAUUUCAAUGUGUCAAAAACCAUACAGUGAAGCAAAUCCUAGGAUACAUAGCGGAAAAAAUACAUAUUUCUUAUUCACGUUAUAGAUGAUUAUUAGCUACAUAGAAGCACAAGGACCACGAAAUAAGAAAAUUAUACAGCAAAAUAGGAAAGUGACCAACUAAGAGUUGAAUUCUUGGAUAUACAUUCUUUCCAACUCUCCCCCACAAACUGGUGAAUAGGAUACUCUUCGUUCUCCAUUCUCAGCUUGGAUAGAUGGCCCAAAAAAAUGUGGUAGAUGGCCCUUUGAAAUGUUUGACUAGCUUGGUGCUUUUAGCUACUAGAGCCCAUCCCAUUUUUUAGCAUAGACAAUCUUUCUCUCUGAAUUAUUUUCAUGAAAUACUCGACGAUUAUGAUGAAAAAUCACAUUGCAAUAUAAAUCUCGAGUAAGCUUUCUGAUAGGCAAAAGGUUUGUGGAUAAUUUAGGGAUAUGAAGAACACUUCUGAAGGUCAAUGAAGGGCUUAUUUUACAUCUCCUAUAAUUGCUUCAGUGGUUAAAGAGCCAUCAUUGUGGCUAUUUUUCUACUGUUUGGACAAGGAAAGUAUGUUGAAGAAGACAUUUGGUGAGUGGAUCACAUGGUUGGUAGCUCCUAAAUUCAUGAUUUAGACGUUGUCAAAGGUUCUGCCCAAGGCAUUUGAUCCAAAAAAAGAUUGAAACUCACCUGAACACGAAAAUUAAUAAGAAUCAGUUUUGUUAAUGAGAGAACUCGCCUCUUGACCUCUUCUUGUUUGAGACUACCUCUAGCCACGAUUGCCAAGUCGUUGAUGUUUUGUGGUUCAAGCAUCAAGCCUCUCCUGCUCUCCUUCGAUUGUGUUAUAGCAAUCAUCUCUACAAGUUCUUAUAUAUGUAGAAAAACUGACAGAUAUUUGCAGCAGAAGGAUUGUUGGUGUUUAAGCUUGGGAGUGUUGACAGUGAAGGUCAGUGAUAGGGAGAUUGUCAGCAAUUAUGACUGAAAUGUUCGAAAAUCAAGGUCGACGGUCAACAAGGGGUUAUCAAUAAUCAAGGCUGAAAGGAUCGGCAAUGAAGGUUCAAUAAUCAAAAGGGGUUAUGAGCAACACAGGUUGAAAGGACCGACGAUGAAGAUCGAUGAUCGAGAAAAGGGUUUGAGAACAAGACUGAAAGCGGAGGAAUCGACGAUCUGCGGCCGCCACAAAGUGUGUCAUAGGAUGGGCAGUGUCUUUGGCAACAAACCCUUGGAUGCUCUGGAAUCAAACGCUAAGGAAGAGAGAAAAGAACGGCACGAACCCGGUGUUCGUGGGGCAGUACCUUUCGCUGCCUUUGAUUCCGUUGUCGGUUCUUCUCCUCUGUGGUCGAGCGCCCAGAACGACGAGAUCCUCCUGGUUCGUGAACAGCAGCCCAGGACUAAUUUGAGUGGUUAUCUUAGCAAGCCCUGGGCCACCGCAGAAGUCAUGAUGCAAACUCUAGAUUCUCUAGAAGCCAGCGACUACAAACCAGACUCUGAUACCAUGUCAAAAAGUACACAAUGUCGCAAAACCUAGGAGGAUAUACAGUGGGAAAAAAAAACUAUACUUUAUCGUUCACAUGAUAAAUGACUGUUAGUUACAUACAAGAGCCAAGAAAUAAGAAAACUAUCUAACAAACUAGGAAAGUGACCAACAAAGAGCGGAACUCCUAAGUAUACAUUCUUUCCCUCAUACGGGGAUUUGGAGAGUUCAUUCUAUGGGAAAUCCCACCGUCAUUCUGUCAGCGUCCUGAUCCUGUUGAAUGAAUAAAUUGGAAUAAUUUGCUCACGAGAGUCUGUGCCCAAAGUAUGAACUUAAGGAGGUGAAUAUAAGAUUGAGCAUUAAAUUUUAUGUUUUUUAAGCCAGAGUGGCUCUUGAGCCAUUUUAUGUUUUUUUUUUCCUGUUUUCGAUCUCGAAGAAUAAGAAGGGAACAACGUGUGACUAUCAAUCAGAUGGUCUAUGGCAUUUCAAUGAGAAGAGAAGUAAGAGGGGAAAACGGGAUGUGAUGUUCCAUUCAUUCGAUCUCGUGCAUUACCUGGCUUGCUGGAUGAAAGGGAUGUAGAAGUAGAGGUUUCUAUCUAUGAAAGGGCUUUUUAUACUUUCCUAAUAUCAUUUGGAGACAUCAAACUUGAAUAAAACUCAGGAAGAAUCUCUGUGCUGCUGUCCAUCAUUUGCACAUUUGAACUAGAAGCGAGUUAUCUUUGCCACGUGCAAGAAAGAGGUGCUUUUUUUAUCUAAUUCAUUCUCUAGCACGAGAAAUUAGAGGUUCUACAGAUGAAAUUAAUUGAGUGAUACCUCAGGAUAGGAUCUAUAAACUGACAAGAUGAUAGUGGGCCAAGAGAACUGAAUUCAUGAAUGGAUUGCUAUGAGCCUUCCCUCAGUGUGGGAUCUCAAAACCUCUUUAUAGACUUCGUAACUGUAGAAAAUUGAGAGAGAAACCUCUGUCAUGGAGGACAGAGGGGAGAACGGCGGAAACCGUCUCAAUUCCAUUCAACUAUUACACCCUUUAAUAUAGGGAGAAACUCUAGACAAUUUUCCAAAAACACCCUCAAUAGUUUUACACCCUUUACUCUAUUUUCCUACGACCUAGAACUUCCAAGAGAAAUAUAUAAAGGAGGGUGGGAAAAAUCUGUAUAGAUAGAGUCAAUAGUUUUACUCUAUGACAGAGAUUGCUAAAGCCGCAAUCAUAGUGGUGCCUCAGCUUUUCAAACUACUUCUAAAUUUAUUGAUCAGAUUUGUAUGCAUUGGUUGGUGAAUACAGAAUUUUUGGGCGGAGCCAUAACAAAAUUGAGUUUAUCAUGGGAACCAUUGAAGAGCAUAUUAUAACUCAUCCCCAAUACAAGCCCGGUUCCAUGUCAACAUAUUGGUUUUUAUUGUUACUAAGUUCUGUUUGUUAGAGGAUAUUACGCUUAGAUCUUCUAAUACUGUUAAUGAAAGGGCACAUCAAAUGAUCUUGUUUAAGAAGAUCAAAUGAUAUUUGCAAAACUCUAGAAGAAUUGUUUCAUCGAAAGAAAUGCAGUGUCUGGUGUUAGUAAGUAAAUCACGGGAGGCAUGAAUUGGGUCAGGGUUCAAUGUAGUUUACUGGCUUUUUGGAUGCUCUAAGCCAUGUGGUAUGUGUUUCAUUAUUUCCUCAUGAACGAAUAGUCUUGUAUUGAAGAUCAGAAGGGACAUGAGAGACGGGCACAUGAAACGCCUCUAACAAGACAAUUUUCAACUUUCUUGUAAGGUUCAACAAUGAGUUUGAAACGUUAGUGUAAAUUGUAAACAUGAAUGUUACCCCUUUGUCAGGCCAUGUAUACAAUAAUAUGUCAUAUGGGGAUGGACAAUAAUACGUGAUAACCUGAAACCUUAAAUCUUCUAUUUCUGAGGCAGAGAGCAAGCGUUAAUAUCUUGCAAAAAGCACCCAAGACCCAAGGUUUAAAGAAAAUAUGAGUGAAAUGAUGGGUAUACAUUGUGGGAGAGGCUUAAUCAUGAAGUGGGACAACUACCGUUGUUCGGAGUUAUAUCCUUAAAGAAGCCAGUAAAAUUCAGAAUUGCAGAGAAAUGAUAGGUAAUGCAUAACGAUGUUGCAGCUACGCCAAUUAAUCACCUGAAGAGGGACAUGUCAUUAAAGAGCUCCUGUAUAAGUUCACUUGUGCUAGUAUAUUUGGGAAUCUCUGCUUUAAAUAUCACAAGCUCCCAAUAGAUUCUACAACAACUUGUGACAGUCUCCCAAACUUCUUUUCAUUUGGCAUUGCCAAUUAUGAUAUUUGGGGUCCUCCCAUGUCUUUAGGAAUUGGUACAGAUAUUUUACUACCUUGAUUGAUGAUUUUACUCAUUCCACUGGGGUAUAUUAAUGAUUCUAGAUAGGAAGUUCUGCUAAUUGUUUCAGUUUUCAGUAAUUUGAUUAAUUGAUAUGGAGGUUAAACUGUUCCAAUCAAACAAUUUAUCUAGAAAGUUUAUAAACAUUUUGAUGGAAGAUUAAGGCGUUAUUUAUGAGUUAUUUGACAUAUAUACUCUUGAAAAUGAUGUUUCAGAAAAGGAAAAAGAGUCAUAUUCUUUAGAUUGCUUUGAAAAAUAGUGUCAUAUCAUCGGCCCAAAAAAUAUUGGAAAAAAUGUAUUUACAGGUUCAGAUAGUAUAAAUCGAAUGCUAUUUACAGGAAUUGGGAAUCGGCCCUUUAUACUCGUUCUGCUUUACUUCGAGAGUUUGCCCUUCUUUUGCUUUAUCAACCUCUAAAGUCCUCCCCCCACCGAACUUAGUCCUAUAUUUUGAUUUCUUUGUCACUCAGUAUAUAACUACCUCGAUCCAAACAUUGUGAGGAAAUAUGUCCAGAUGUAUGUCAAUUUCAAUGGUCAGACUAUUUCCUUGCAAGUCUCUUAUAGUGCGGGAGAACAUUCAUCAUCUCAAUUUGUUCUCAUAGCUUCAUUUUAAAGACAUUGUUCUCUAUCACCCUAUCCAUUUGUUUAACACCUUCAAGUGCCACUAGUAAUUCUACAUGAGCAAAACUUGCAUAAGAUGGGACUUUAAAAGAGAUAAUCAAUUAUUAUAGGAGCAAUAAUAAGAACAAUGACAAAGAUAGGUCAUACUGGAUGGUCAUCUCAUGAGGUCCUUGAGUCCUAAAUAUUUUAAAUGGAAUAUGAACUGGGUAGGAACGGGGAUAUCAUAUUGUUUUGUACAUAACCCUAAUCCAUCCUCUUUUCUUUCAUCGUACAUAUCUCAGAUCUUCAUUCUUCUUAACACAAGUAAUAGAUUGUCAUAAAUUACUUCUCUUGCUUUUCAUCAGUGAGUUGAAAGGUACAGGCAACAUAAGAUGUUUUCAUAAACAUCUCUUGUAAACAUCAAAUAGUUUUCUUCCUUAAUGCGAUGUGUUGGAUUCUACUCUCUACAGUUGAUAAUCUAGGCUAUAGCUACAUUAUUUUCCUCAAAUUUAUACCCUUGCUUAACCACUUUUCCCUAAUCCAACUAUGAGCAUCUAGCCCCCUUUUUACCAUGUUAUGUAAUUAUCCUGAACGUUUUAUUAGAAUAACUUGAAUGAUUAGUAUUGGAAAUGAGAGAAACGACCUCUGUCAUGGAGGACAGAGGGGAGAAUGGCGGAAACCGCCUCAUGAUUCAUUCACCUCUAAACCCCAUUAUAUAGGGAGGAACAUUACACAAUUUUUGCAAAACACCCUCAGUCUUUUGCAUAAUUUUCUUACGACCUAGAAUUUCCAACAAUUAUUAGUUCUCACUUUCCAAGUUUACAAGUUAGUAUGUAGGUGAUACAAUGAACUUAAAUAAUCCCACAUUGGGAAAAAAAAAACUAUGUAGGUGGUUUUGAUUUGGAUGGCCCAUUAACUUUCACACUUUUAUAAGUGUUUCUAUUGUAUCGAGUUCUUAAUGAUGUGAAUGUACUUCAUCACCCAAUCAGUGUAUUCGGGUUUAAAUAAUGAGUUGCCCUCUUGAUUUUGGGCAGUCCAAUUUGACUGAAAAACAUAUCAGUACGUGAAACCUGUUCUGGUUUAAAUAACGAUUUAACUUCUCCCAAACCUUCCAUUAUUUAUAUUGUUUCUGAAUUCUUCAUCACCCAUCUUGUCAUAUGUGAGCAUUAUUCUAUAAUUAAUGCCUCUACGCGGAAGUCUAUCGAAGUGUUUCCUGAACUCCAUAUUGUAUAUAUGUCCCAUUGCAGAUCCGAGUUUUGAACUAUACAAAAUAUGAGAUGUUGAAUAAAGCACUGGAGGCUUUUGGCGAUCUCAGGGAUGACGAAGAAUUAGGUCCUGCUGAUUGGCCUACUGUUAAGAAGUAUAUUACAUGCUUGAAUGACCUCAAUGGAGGACCAGAACAUCCUCACAACAUCUCUCAGUCUGAAGAACAUCUUAACAUGAUGAAUCUAAGAGAUAUACGUGUACGCCUUUUAAAUGGUGAGUAAGUGAUAUUGUAUUUAUUAAUGACAGUUUGCUGGCUAGGUUCUCCUCAAUGGAGACAGUUUUUUUCUAGUGAAAAUCCACUGCUGGUAUUUUUCAUUACUCUGUCAUAUCUUGUUAGUGUAUGUUUCUAUCGGGUAAUUCUUAUGGAAUGGAAAAUUAUUUUUUUUGAAAUAAGAAAACCUCUUCAUUAUUCCACAAAGUUAAAAGGAGAAAAGAAAGAAGAGUUGAGCAUUUAGGAGAAAUGUGUAUAUAUAUAUAUAAGUUAUUUUGCUGAUAAAUACAUUUUCCAUUUUACCCCCUUCAGAUAAAUUGAAAACAUGAGAAGAAAACAUAUAAUAAUUGACUAUUUAACUGACUGUUGAAAUCUCUACGGGUUUACUAAAUGUCGUUGUGUUUCAAAUGAAGGUAGACAUUUUUUUUUUGCUUCCCUAAUUCUGGGUAAUGCAUUUUUAUCUUCCAAACGAAAGGUUCCUCACAUUUUAGGUGGGUCUAAUUAAAAGAUAAACUCAUGAGAAAAAAUCCUCAUUUCAGUUAAUAAUUAGCUAUGCAAUAUACUAAAGGUUUUUAGUAGCUUGGUGGGCGAAGAAAUUUUAAUUAGAAAAUAUACCAAUAAAGCUUUUCAUGAGAAAAGAUAUGAUAAAAUAUAUGGAUGUAUAAUGUCUUGUCCGCUACAAAAUGUUGUUUUGCACAGUCAGCAUUAGAAGUGUGAUCUGAUUGUGUUGUUGUUUGAGAAUGCAAUCUUCAUGUAUGAAACUAUUGUAUUGAUACACAUGCUGUUAUUUCUACUCAUUCUAGAGACUUUGGCAAUACGAAAUUAAACCCAGUUUUAUGGCCACAUGAUCACCUUUGCAUUAUCUCCAGCCUUGAACUAUCCCUGCCCGUGCAACUUUUUAUAUUCUCUCACGUUGAUAACAUAAAUAGGGUACUUGUAGAUCAGGGGCGACCAUCGUCUCUGAGAACAUAUUAAAUUCAUUUGGUCUUCCAACUCAAAAUUAUGUGGGAUUGAGUGAAAUUUUCCCGUCUUGAUAGCAUUGAGCUACAUUUGAGUUAGGCGAAGUGAUAUAUUGCAAAAAUAUAGAAAUAAAUUAAAAAAUAUUUAAGAAAAGGAACAUUUGAAUCAGAAUUGUAAAGUAGUUAGAAUGCAGCAAGUUCAUCUGAUUUUUUCAUUCACAUUUUUCAGGUGUUCAGGCUGCUUACUGGGGCAUGCUUGAAGAAGGCAGAAUAACUCAAGGCACAGCAAUUCUGCUAAUGCAGUCUGUUGAUGAGGCUAUGGACUUAGUCCCUCAUGAGCCUCUGUGUGACUGGAGGGGUCUGAAAACUCAUGUUAACUUUCCAAGUUAUUACAGGUUCCUCCAGAUAAGCCGAUUACCACAGCGUGUCGUCACAUACUUCACAGUGGAAAGAUUGGAGUCAGCGUGCUAUAUAUGCGCUGCAUUUCUUCGUGCACAUAGAAUAGCAAGAAGGCAACUACAUGAGUUUAUAGGUACGCAUUCCUGAUGCGUCAACUGCUUUCCAGCUUGAUAUACUUUCAGAACCUCAUAUCUCAUACUUUAAAUGAUAUGGUAAAAAUCUGAAACCUGUGAUCUGAAUACGUGUUGAAGAUUUAUGAAACAAGGAAAUUGUGAUGGAAUGAGGGAUUGAGUAGGACGUUUGGAAAUCCUAGAUCUACUUGUCGAUUUUACAAUCUGAUUUGCUAAUUUCAGCGGCCACAGAAGUGCACCAAAAAAAAAUUUAAAAAACGAAAAUAGGCUGAAAUAAAAAUCCUUUUUUUGUUAAAAACCCACUCGGUCUAAUUCUUACAAGUUGAGAUUUUUUUUCCUCUGCGAGUAGCACUGUAUGCUUCCUUAACAGCUGAUCUGCUAAAUCUCAGCUCAUGGGACCCUAAUUGGCUGGCACAUAUUGCUGAUUUGCUCAUAUGUAUAUACAUUGCUGUAUAUAUAUAUAUAUGGGGAGAGAGAGGGAGAACCAAGGCUAAAAAAAUAUAAUUUUUUUAUAGCCAUAUAUCUAUGAUGAAUAUUCCUAUUCACGAUGCAUAGUUCUAUAGCUAUAUAUCUAUGGAAGAAAACAACAGAUAUGGCAAGGAAAAUUUGUGACGAUCAUUCAUCCAUGGCAAAGGACCAGUCUAAUUGACCGGCUAUUUGACAUUUGCAGUAGUAUGCUGUGACUAGUAUCUCGUAAAACUUCCGUCCAUUUUGUUGCCUCUGAACCUUUCAUUGAAAGAUCGCAAUAAUUUUUCUUUCUUUUCCUAGGUGAAAGCGAAAUUGCUUCCUCUGUCAUUGGCGAGAGCAAUGCAGAGGGAGAAGAGGCCAGGAAGUUCCUAGAAGAUGUCGGCUUAUCAUUCCCCCAGGUAUAUAAUUUUAAAUUUUAAAUUUAUUACCUCAGUUGAUCAUUGUUUGUCUAGAAACAUUAUGCACUCCGGUUUUAGAGGCAAUGUCUUGCAUCACUGAAAUAAAAUUAAGAGGAGAAGAUAAGUAGAAGAGUUAUGAAUGCAACACUAGCAAAAGCUUUUACCAAGAGCACCAUCAUUCCCCCAGCACAGACCUACCCUCUCAGGGUCUAAAUCCAAAUCUGGCGUUUUCCAAGCCCCGACCACAUCCAAAAUGCUACGCUUAAACUGACAUGGGCAUGGUGACUGAAAACUUUUUCUUUUUCUUUUUCUUUUUUUAUUUUUAUUAAUUAUGAACAGGGUCUGUAAUCCUACCUCGAUAAACAGACGAAUUCAAGAUUGGGUUCCAGAUAUGGAUCAUUCCCGGAGUUAUCACCAUGUGAUUUUGUGUGAUUUUGAUUAAUGCGGUUUUCCACAUGUUCAUAUGGAAUGCAUCGAUGACUUGUAAUCAUCCGUCCUAGCCUGCCCCAUCUUAAUCCUGCAGACUAUCCAAUUAUCCCAACCCAACUGUGUUUAUCUGUACGAACGCGCUUGGGUUUUGAUGUUGAAACCCUCGUAGAGCUCAAGUUCCAUUGCUCUUCAUACUAUGUCGCCCGUAAUCAUCCUCCAUUGUGAUGCUUCUGAGAGGGAAUACCAUCACAGGUCCUACGUGUUGUGAAGACCAAGCAGGUGACGUACUCGAUCUUAAAGCAUCUGAGCAGCUACGUGCAGAAUCUUGAGAAGGUCGGCCUGCUGGAGGAGAAGGAGAUGUUUCAUCUGGACGAUGUUGUGCACGUACGAACUCGGCAGUGCUAUCUAUUCGGAGUCUGUGUCUAUUUUCUGCUGAACUAAACUGGCUGGAAUCCAUGGCAGACCGAUCUGAAGAAGCUCCUGAGGAAACCUCCGCUGGUAAAGAUGCCCAAAGCUGAGGAGCUACUGGGCACCCAUCCACUGCUGGGCGCGCUUCCCUCCACUGUGCGCUCCCCCCUCCGAUGCUCCACAAAGGAAGUGAUAAAGAUACGGGGGAUGACUUUGUACAAGGAGGGCUCAAAAUCCAGCGGAGUGUGGCUCCUCUCCAAUGGGGUCGUCAAGGUAAACCACCAUAGCCCCUUCAUUCUGGUAGCAUAGAGAUAAAAUUCCAUGGAGUCAACGGUGGGCUCCUUCCUCAUGGCGGUCCCUGCUGAUGGGUGCACCUGUUCCCAAUUGGCAUCACGGGCCAUUGAAGUAUGAUGCCCUAAACUAAAAUGCCCAUCAAGAGGCAGACUGCUGAUUCUGCUUCUGGUAGAAUUUCUUCUGAUGUGAGGUUGAAUCUCUCUCUCUGGUGCAGUGGGUCAACCAUUGGGAUCAUGGGUGGCCACUAAUGCCCAACAGCGAGCAGAUCGCUGAUGCUGCUUCUCGUAGAAUUUCUUCUGAUGUGAGGUCGAAUCUCUAUGGUGCAGUGGAUCAGCAAUGGUCUGAGCAAUCGCCACUCUCUCCACCCCACGUUUUCACAUGGAAGCACCCUGGGCCUCUACGAGGUGCUGACAGGGAAGCCCUACAUCUGCGACAUGGUGGCGGACUCCGUGGUGCGCUGCUUCUACAUUGAGGGGGAGAAGAUUCUCUCUCUUCUCAGAUCAGAUCCAGCCGUCGAGACCUUCCUAUGGCAGGUAUGGAAUACCCGUCUCUGGUCAACCCCUCCCCUUCAAUAUACCAGCCCUUUCCCGCUCUAUAAUCCUUAGAAGAUUAUACCACGCCAUUGCUCUUCUCCUGAGAAUCCCACAUCCAUCAGUGAGCCCACUGCAUGCAUCCAUAUCAUAGUCUUUCUCAUGCCAUGCACUGUCCGCCAGAUAUGAUAGAUAUGGAUCUACCCACAAAGGUUGCAGAAAGUCAAUAUGCUGUGAUAUUAUUUAUAUUCAAAAAUAGUUUCCUUGAAAUGUGGCCAUAACUUACUAUUUAAUUUGACUUUUUUGUCCGCAGAGUAUGAGGAUUCUUGCGCAGUCUUAUGAUCUUGGAUAUCCUUGUGUUUAUUCUAUCAUGAAAUUUAAGGCGUGUUAACUUCUCAUGGCGUUUACAUUUGUCCUCUUUUAGUUGACUUUUUGGAAAGAAACCUUCUUAGAUUGACGAAAAUUCCGAUGUCUCUCAGACUACUUUACUAAUUUUUUAGUUUUUAGUCUGGAGAUGGUAUAAAAUAUAAGACGGAUCUAUUGACAAAUCAUGCAAUACAACCCUAAAUUUGUAACCUUUUUGAAACAAUAUUCGUGCAGGAGAGCGCCACUGUCAUGGCCAAGCUCUUGCUCCCUCUCGUGUUCGAAAGGAUGGCCAUGCAGGAACUGAGGGCUCUGAUUGCUGAGAGGUCAACGAUGAACGUCUACAUAAGAGGAGAAAUCAUGGAGCUGCGGCAGAACUCCAUCUCCUUCCUCUUGGAAGGCUUCAUAAAGGCCCAGGACCGCCAACUGGACCUAAUCGGACCCCCAGCGGCGCUGCUCUCCCCCGACGCUGACUCAGGCUCCCUCAACCUGGGAUCUUCAGGUAAUGAACGGCAAGGACCGGGCAUUCUUUAGUUUGACUUUAGUCGAUUCAGUUUUAACUAAAAUUAGGACAGAUUAAGAUUCCGAUUUAAGAGAAUAAGAUUCCGAUUUAAGAGAUUAAUCAUUGUGUGAAGUCAACUCGGCAUGUUGUCAUCCGGGAGGUAAUUAGUGGCGGUGAUAUCCCCCGUUUGAUUUGGGCAUUGCCUUGAACUCAGAUAGUCCUGAUGAGAGGAUUUCUUUGUCAGGUUUGACUUUUUUCUUGUUUUGGGGUUUUUGAAGUCAACCCAUUAUGUCGGCAUCAGGGGGAUACUUUCACCAUGCGAUAGUGGGUUGGCCGCAGUCAUAAUACCCUUCUGAUUUCAUCGUACGAUGAUCAUCCCGAUGAGAAGAUUUCCUGUUUGUGUAGGAGGGGGGAAGGGUUGACUGUUCUGGUGUUUUCUAAGUCAACCCAAUAUGUUCUCAUCAUCAAGGGUUGACCGUGCCCCCCUUAAUCUGAUCAUACGAUGGAGUCGGAUCAUCCCGACGGGAGGAUUUCUUUUGGAGGUUUGACUUAUUAUUCUGGGGUGUUUGAAGAAGAGACGAGAGUUGACCUUUUUUCAGGUGCGGGCUUGGACGCAGCAGGGAGGUCAUGCCAUCGCGCUCAUUCUUACGUGGUGGAGACGAGGGCGAGGGCGAUCGUGUUCGAGAUGGCGGCAUUUGACCCGGAGAAUAUUAUGCAGCGUCAACCGUCGUGGGUGGCGCGGCCGCUCGAUCUCCCGAGAAGUCAGAGCAAUGAGCACGGGGGGCUCGUGAGCUGGCCGGAGCUGGUCCACGGAGCCAAGCCCCGCCACGUGCCGGCGGCCGAAGAAACCGGGGAGAGGGCUAAGAGUUUGUCGGCCAGGGCCAUGGAGCUAAGCUUCUUCGGAAGCACGGUAACCUCUCUCUCUCUCUCUCUCUCUCUCUCUCUCUCUCUCUCUCUCUCUCUCUCUCUCUCUCUCUCUCUCUCUCUCUCUCUCUCUCUCUCUCCUUCUCUCUUCCUGGCUCUUCCUCUCUCUAUCCCUCGCUCUUCCUCUCUCUAUCCAUCGUUCUUCCUCUAUUACUCCCCCUCACUCCUCUCUCUCUCUCUCUUUAUCUAUACACACACACACAGAUCUCUCUCUUCUGUGAUAGAAUGGGGGGCCUUCUCCGUCUCUUGGUUGCUGCGCAGAUAAACGGCACGUACAGACGCUACGGGAGCUUCUCGAGGAUGACGCCUUCACGGGGCCCCUCGCCGCACAGUCUCUCCUUCCCCAGGAUUUCCGCCACGUCACCGCCGCCACGCGGCCUCGUAUCCACCCUGUCCGAAGGUCCUUCUCUCGGCAGGAAACUCAGAGCCGCCGCAGCCCGAGCGUUCCCCCCGCCGCCCCCGCCGCCGCCGCCGCUGCCGCUGCCGCCGCCGGCCAACGUUGGCAAGGACGACUCAAGCGACGAAUCUGGCGGGGAAGAAGUCAUCGUGAGAAUCGACUCGCCCAGCCACAUCUUCUCUCGGGCCUCCACCUCUUGA